AUGGCAGAGGUUAUUUCAUUUGGAAGUUCUACUCCAAGUUCAUCCGAUAUGCAAUAUUACUAUCAGCAAUUGUUUCCAUUUAAAACUAUAUUCAAUUGGUUAAACCAUUCUAAUAAACCAACAAAUGAUAUAGUCAACAGAGAGUUUGCCAUGGCUUUUAGAUCUGGUGCUUAUAAGAGAUAUAAUUCUUUUUCGACUGCACAAGAGUUUAAAGCCACAAUAGAAAAAUCAAAUCCUGAUAGAUUUGAAGUCGGUGCUGUUUAUAACAAACCUCCAAAGGAAAGAGAUUCGAUUUUGAAAUCAGAAAUGAAACCGUUAGAAAAAGAAUUGGUUUUCGAUAUCGAUAUGGAUGAUUAUGAUGCUUUCAGAACAUGUUGUUCAGGAGCACAAGUUUGCCAGAAAUGUUGGAAAUUUAUUUCCAUUGCAAUUAAAGUAAUGGAAUUGACUUUAAUAGAAGAUUUUGGGUUUAAAGAUUUUAUUUGGGUUUUCUCAGGAAGAAGAGGUGCCCAUUGUUGGGUCAGUGAUAAGCGUGCAAGGCUAAUGAAUGACAAUCAAAGAAGAAAUGUUUUAGAUUAUGUAAACGUUGUUAGAGACAGGUCUUAUAAUAAGAGACAAGCAUUAAGAAGACCUUACCAUCCUCAUUUAGCUAGAUCAUUAGAAGUUUUAAAGCCUUAUUUCGUAGAAGUGAUAUUAGAAGAACAAAACCCUUGGCAGGAUGAUAAGAAUGCUCUUGAAACAUUGUUACAGGGUCUUCAUGAUAAACAAUUAAUAGAAGCAUUAGACUCUUAUUGGGCUUCUAAUCCUAAUAGGUCGAGUAAAGAAAAAUGGGCAGACAUUGAUCAAAUUGCAACAAAUAAUAUCAUUAGAAAUUUCAAGAGUAACGCAAGGAGACAGGAGUAUUUGGCUAGAUUGCGUGAAGGUAAAGAAGAUCUUGUCAUUGCAACAUUAUAUCCAAAACUAGAUAUUGAAGUCACAAAACAGACAAUCCAUUUAUUGAAAUCACCGUUUUGCAUCCAUCCUGCCACCGGUAAUGUUUGUGUGCCAAUUCAUGAAAACUUCACCCCGGAUGAUGCUCCAAAAUUAAUUAAGUUACAAAGUGAGAUGGAACAACAUAAUAACAAGGUAGAAGAAACAUCAUUACAACCAUUUCUUAAUAUAUUUCAAGAAUUUGUUCAAAGGGUAAUAAAAAAUGAACAUGAAGCGCUAAAAAGAGAGCGUGACGAAGAUUCACCAGAAGAUGUAGAAUUUUGA